AUGUCCCCACCCCCAACCAAAGAAAAAUUCGACGCCUAUCUCAAAGCCUUCAACACACACAACGCAUCAGAUUACGGUCAAUACUACGCCGUGGAUUUCCAUGUUCACCUCCCUGGCGUCCCACCCACCAAGAGCCGAGCCGAGACCGUCGCCCUCUUCGAGACUGGCCUGUCCUUUUGCCGCGAGACGCUCCAUCCGACAUGGCUGCAGUUUACGGAGCGCUCGGUGGCGAUGGAGGCGUGUGUGAGGACUGAGGCGUUGGUGGAGAUAGAUUUUCCCUUCCCCUUUACCGGGAAAACGUAUAAGAAGGGCGAGAAAUUCACGUAUCCGAUCAUCGUGCAUUAUGAGUACAACGAUGAUCUCUUCAUAACGACUUUUCGAAGCUUUUCCGAGGUGCUCAAUCCAGAUCCGGGCUAUGGUAUUGCGAAAGAGGUGCUCCCAGGAUACGACUGA